UGCAGUGACAUUUAUUAAUUUAUUUCAAGUGCAUUUAUUAAUACUGGAUACCACUGUGCAUUGUUUUUAAUUAUUAUUAUUAUUAAUAAUGAUAAAAUAUCAACAGUGAAUAAUGUGAAUUUUUCUUGAUAAAAUAAAUGAUUUUAUCUAGCUGUUGCUGAAUAAUUAAACUCCUAAAGUGGAAAAAAAAUUAAUUAAAUAAUGCCUCGACCGUCGCGAGAUACUUAUGGGGACCAAAAGCCUCCCUACUCGUACAUAUCGCUGACAGCAAUGGCAAUCUGGUCAUCUCGCGACAAAAUGUUACCCCUAGCGGAAAUUUAUAAAUUUAUUGCCGAUAGAUUUCCGUACUACCGCAAAGACACAAGAAGAUGGCAAAAUUCUUUGAGACACAAUUUGUCCUUCAAUGAUUGUUUUAUCAAGGUGCCUCGGGGUCCACACCGACCGGGCAAAGGAGCCUACUGGGCACUGCACCCAGCAGCGCUCUCGAUGUUCGAAAACGGGUCCCUCCUCCGGCGAAGAAAGCGCUUCAAACUGCACAAACCCGACAAAGAACUUCUGAAAACCGAGCUGCAAGCGCUGGCUUCAGCGAUGCCACCGCCAGCCCACGGAGCCGCGGAGCCGAUAUCCGGGGUUCCAGCAUCCUCCAGCUCCGGGAGUUUAAACGCCGCGAACCUGCACCGCCUGCGAGAAGAUCUCCUCCGCUGGGAGCUUCAGGAAAGAAGAAUGAUGGCUUCAUCCUCUGCAACAGGUUAUGGGCUCGAGACACCCCAGCCCGAGCCAGCCUCUGCGAAUUCGCUCCCCGUAGCACCUCCCCCGGGAUAUUACUUGCUCUCCCCUGAAACUCGCCAACGAUUGUCCGAAGUUGGAGAAGUAAAUCGCUCCUACGACGCGACAACUCUCCUCCAAACUGGAAAUUGGGCAUUUUCGGGGUUCAACGGGCCUUAUAUGGGUCCCCUGCCGAGCUAUCUUCAGUCGGGCAGCAGACAGCCUCUCAUAAGUGACCCUCGGGAGGACCUGGGCUUCAGAGACCGCAGUUUUUCCGGAGGAAUCUACAGGGACAGAGUCUACGAGGAGGAAAACUGCAAGAGUUAUUCCCACACUCAUUCCCCGAAAAUUUACUCUUCUCCAAGGCUGUCGCCCAGCUAUGCCGACGGAACCGACGUGGUCCUCGGGAUCGACCAGCGGACACCUCAGACGUCACCUAGUCUCGAAGCGACUGUGAUUCCGGUAUCGAAUUCUAGCAAAUCGAUGAGUCAAAGUCGUCUUAAAAAAACCAAAAAACCUUUUACGAUUGAGAAUAUAAUUGCGCCCGAUGAGGACGACAAGGUUUCUAUUAAGGACAAUUGUAGCAGUAGCAGUAGUGUUAGUAAUCAUAGUAAUAGUAGCAAUAGUGACUCUUCUGUUAGGAUAAGCAAUAACAAAAACGGGCUGCUUAUUCCGAGGCCGCUUUAUGCUGGUUAUCCUAUCAAUGUGGCUGAGCAUCCUGGUAGGGCGCCUUUUGGAGCUGCCACUUGAAGAAAACAAUUGGAUUAAUUGUGUGGAUUUUUUUCUGGACAGUUAGAGUCUUGUAUUGAGAAAAGGUGGUUGAUAGUUGAGUUGUUUGCUGUGGGAGGGAUCGAUAAGAGACUCGCGGGCAAAGUGCCUAUAUCCUAACUAAACAUACUGCAUACAAUGUAAUGUAUAUAUAAUUCUGUAAUGAUACUACUGUUAUUAUUAUGUUAUGUUAUGUUAUGUUAUGUUAUGUUAGUAGAUUAGU